UUUGAUCGAGUUGUCAACUGUACUUGUAAACUUUGUUGAAAAUUUUCAGAGAAAUAGUUCUACAGAGGUCAAGAUGACAAACUGUAUCUCGUAGAAGGGCGAAUGUACCUGCUGCAUUUCAAUCAAAAUAAUCCAGACGAGAACUGCGUCGAAAAUCAGUCAUGAUCGUUUGAGACUCGUAAUUACAUACACCUUGUGGUUACAUAUUUUCUUCCUGACGCAGAUUCCUUAAACACGGAAAUGCUGUCAACUUCGUUGACUACAUGUUGUCUGGCAUUCACGUUAUGAUCUCAAAGGUUUGAAGACAAUUUGCUAGAGUUGUGUCACUGUUUUGACUGAAGUGGAAAGGGUGACAAGUCGCGGGCUCAUUAACUCAAGAACCAAAUGAAAGAUAAAGGUGUCCAUGAUAGCUCACAAAGCGAUGACAACAAUGAGGCAUUGAAACUAUCUCCUUCUUCAGCAGUCCCCUCGUUCUCUAUUCCUGACAUAAAGCUGUUUGAAAAGGAGUCUAGAUCAACACAGCUUGUUUUUAGCUACAAAGGAGGAAAAAAGGUUCCAAAACUUAGAGAACCUAGAAAUUUAUUUGCAUUCAGCAAAGACAAAGGACAGCAGGCCUCUCCAAGAUGGCCAUAUCAGAUGAAGAUUUUGCCGACAAGGCCCAAACACAUACAGUACAUUCCAAGAAAUUCAGAACCUUUCAUUAAGCCAGAGAAGACAGCUGAUGAUGAAAGUCUAACAAAGUUAUCUUGUGAAGGUGGUAAAGUUGUAUAUAACAAUGAACCUGGACCUGAAAAAUAUUUUCUCAGGUCACGUGUAGGUGGAACCCAGAUUUCUAACAAACCUUUUUACAAGCUCAAGUCUCCUGAGGACUCUACUUUACUAUUUGAAUCUCGGUUUGAAUGUGGAAAUCUGUUGAGGGCAUUGAAAGUUAAUGAUGCUGAAUACCAGUUGUGGCUUAGAAAUGAUUUGUACACCAACAAACACACACAGUGGUAUUACUUCAGAGUUCAGAACACAAGACCAACUGUUCGGUAUAAGUUCACCAUCAUGAACCUCCUUAAAUCUGGCAGCUUGUAUAAUGAGGGAAUGAGGCCUUUAUUUUACUCCGAACUGGAUGCAGCAACAAAGAAAAUUGGCUGGAUUAGAAUUGGAGAGAAUAUAAAGUACUACAAAAAUGCUAUCAAACGUGAAGACACAACGAAAGAAAAGUACCAUUACUCAUUAACAUGGACUUGUGAAUUUCCCAAUGAGAAUGACACGUACUAUUUUGCUCACUGUUAUCCAUACACCUAUUCUGACUUGCUAGAAUAUCUUCAAAACUUGAGGAACGACCCGGUGCGAUCACGGAUAUGCAAACAAAGAGUGUUAUGCCGGACUCUUGCCGGAAACUUUGUUUACACACUCACUGUCACAAACCCAUCAAGAAGGCCAGCUGAUGCUGAGGCCAAACAAGGAGUGGUAGUGACGGCAAGAGUUCACCCAGGAGAGACUAACUCAAGUUGGAUGAUGAAAGGACUUUUAGAUUAUCUAACAAGCAACGCUGCUGACGCAAAGCUCCUCCGUGACAUGUUCAUUUUCAAGAUUGUUCCUAUGUUAAAUCCUGACGGAGUCGUUGUUGGUAACUAUCGGUGUUCACUAGCCGGGAGAGACCUGAACAGGAAUUACAAGACAGUGCUGAAAGAUUCGUUCCCUCCCAUUUGGCAUGUCAGGAAUAUGGUUCGCAAAUUAUUUGAGGAACGCGACAUAACAUUAUACUGCGAUCUGCACGGACACAGUCGCAAGCAGAAUGUGUUCAUUUAUGGCUGUGAAAAUCGCUUCGAUCCUCUGAAGAGAUUGAGAGAAAGAGUGUUUCCUGUGAUGGUAUCUAAAAAUGCCCCUAGCAAGUUCUCAUACAAAGGUUGCAAGUUUAAAGUACAGAAGAGCAAGGAAGGAACAGGUCGGAUUGUUAUGUGGCAUAUGGGGAUUUUGAACAGUUUUACUAUGGAGGCGACUUUCUGUGGCUCGUCAAUUGGUAAACGCGCCGGCUAUCAUUUCAACACAGCGGACUUUGAGUCGAUGGGAUAUCACUUGUGUGAUACUCUACUAGAUUACUGUGAUCCUGAUGAUUCAAAGUUUGUAACUAUCUUACGAGAGCUGGAGUUGAAAAUGAAGGCGGAUAUAUUGGAGAGGAUGAAGCGAAAAGGCACUGCGGCACCCACCCUAACCGAGUCUGACAUAGAUCUUGACCUCAAUUAUACUUCUGAUAUCGAAUCAAGCACCGGCGGUUCAGACAGCUCUAUGUCCGAUGGUCUACCAAUGCAUCUCAUUUAUGCUCCUGAAGGACUGAAGAUGUAUACUGACCAAGAACCACGCAAGAAGAAGCUGAAGACGAGAAAGGAACGGAACAAGCGGCGAGCCAAAGCUAUGAAAGUCAAGGACGUUUUGCUGGCUGAUGUUGUGACGCGUUCUGCGAGUAUUAACGUCAUUUUUAUUUUCUGCCAUUUUAGCAAGACCAAGAGCGAGCGACAGAAGUAA